UGGGAAAGGUCUACUUUUUAUCUACGGGUGCUCGCUCCUCUCAUCUCUCCUCUGAUCUGCUCCCCUCUCUCAGAAAGCUCUCUGCUUCCUCUCACAGUCCAGUCCUGUUUGCAGAUCUUGAGAGUGAUUCAGACAGGCUCUCUGUGGCUCGCCGGUUCCUCACUCUGCUCAGGAUAGCAGCUGGUCUCGUACCCGGGGCCUCUGCCCUGUUCCAAAACACCCUGCUGAAGGGCGCCCCCGCCUCCGCCAACGAGGACCCCCCCAAUUAGUCUCCACCCCCUCCCCCCUCCCUUCCCUCGGACGCAGCGAUGUUUAAUUCCCCUGUGUUUUGUAAAGGUUGGAUGUAAAUAAAGCUUUCUGUUUGUGUUGAUAAAA